AUCAGUUCCUGGUCAAAGGAUACACCGUCAGUGAGAUCCAGAUGCUUUUAAAUCUGAAUUCCUGAGUGGGAAUGCGCUCGACCCUUUGCUAGGACCCUGUUUCCCGACCCAUGGUGCUGUAAGAGCUUCCCAGAGAUGACAGAGGAACACCUGGACGCGGCUCGAGGACUCAGAAAUUCAGCGGGCUCUUCGAGCGAGUAAGCGACAUGGACAACUCUGUCACCCUGUGGCAGUUCCUACUCCAGCUCCUGUUGGACUCCAACAACGAUCAGCUCAUCUGUUGGACCAAUGAGGAAGGAGAGUUCAAGCUGCUGCAGGCCGAGGAGGUGGCCCGGCUUUGGGGAGCCCGCAAGAACAAGCCCAACAUGAACUACGACAAGCUCAGCAGGGCGCUGAGGUACUACUAUGACAAGAACAUCAUAAAGAAGGUGAACGGCCAGAAGUUCGUCUACCGCUUUGUGUCCUAUCCUGACAUCCUGAAGGGAGACGCCACUGCUCGGAUGGACGGGGGUGAAGACGGAGCAGGCGGAGUCCUCCCUGCUGCUGCUAAGAGGUUAGAUGGCGCUCUGCUGGAGGCGGAGUCUGCCGACCGCUCCAAGGCGGCGUCGGGUCCGGCCGCUCUGGGCUCCAGCACCAAGCAGUCCAACAGAAAUGACUACAUCCACUCCGGCCUCUACACUUCAUUUCAUCUCAACUCCCUGCCCAACGGCCGGCAGCUCUUCAAGUCCAUCAAGGUGGAGAACCCUGCAGAGAAGCUGGCUGAGCGGAGGGCCGCCUCCCAACACAGCCAGGAGACCUCGCCUCUGCUGCAGGCCCCUCCAGCAGCCGCUCCGCCGUCAGUCAUCAAGUUCGGAAACAGCCCGCCAAAGCUGCUCGCCGCGCCGCCUCCUCCGGUCACCAUGGAGACCACCCUGAGCAGCUUGGAUUCCCUGCAGGCUCCAUCUCAGAGGGCCGAACUCGUCAGCACACACUCCUCCCUGCAGCCCCAGUCCGUCUACUCACUGGAGCACAGCCGGCAGUCAGAACCCAGCCUGGGCCUACCGGACCUGGGCGCGGCACCGGAGGCCGCUCAGGAGGGAAACAUGAGCAGCAGUGACGGCGAGUCGGGGGGCUCUGGGUCCACAGAACCUGCUGCUCUGGAGACACUAGAGACCCAGCCACACGACAAGCAGGUGGAUGGCGGCAUCAGCUUGUGUAUAAACGAGCCCAGCCUGGUGGACACUGAGACCAGUUCGUCUUCGGGGAACAGCAACACCGCAGGAAGCGCUCAGGCUCUGGGAAAAACUCGUAAACCGCCAAAGGUCCUGCAGCUCAGUCCGCCCGCUCUGCUCGUCACCACGUCUGAGUUCUCCCCCAUGAACCUGUGCAGCCCCUCGCUGCCCACUGCCUCACUCACACCAGCAAUGCUCCAGACUCCAACCCUCCUGCUGACUCCCAGUCCUCUGCUGUCCAACAUCCACUUCUGGAGCACGCUCAGUCCCGUCGCUCCCCUCAGCCCAGCCACCAGACGUCAGGGAGCCCACCUGUUCCAGUUCCCAUCGGUCCUGAACUCCCAGUUCCAGAUCCCAGUCCAGAGCCUGGAUGGGACCAACACACCCGGACCCAUUUCCCCAGACCCCCAGAAAACGUAGACGCGGCCCAUGCUUGUGUGUGGUGGACGGAUGAGGGUGAAGCGUUCACUUGGUCUUGUGGUAUUUGUGCCCUCAGGACCCUUUUUUGUUUGCUAUCAUGAUGCAUUCAUUUUGUCUGGCUUAUUUUGGGAUCACAGCAGAUGAAAAGGAGAGAGGAAUAUCCAUGAUAACCGAACCGAACACAGUCUGCUUCACACCUAAUGGGAUUCCAGCUAUGGCUUUGCUGCCAGACCGGGUCUUCUGACCCGAGUUGACUCUGGUCGUUUGUUGCUCCAACCUGAUCAUACACCUGCCUCAGCUGCUCACUACCUGACCCACACCACCUCCACCCUUCUGUCUUACUCUGACUUGUGGCCAUAGUCCAAACUGAACCUUAAGUUAUGCUUCUGCAGUGCUUUGUAGAUGUUUAACACUUCUUUCACACUUUGUCUCUCAUCCAAUCCCAACAUUCAGUGUGUUUCAUUUGGAUUGGAUCUCAGAGAGUGGAAUGAGUGUGAAUACUUAUGCAAGCCACUGUGUGUGUUUUGUUUUAAUGAAACGUAUGUGCACACCCUGACAGCCAUGUUGACCUGUUCUGCCUUCUUUAGGGAAGAAAGAGAAGCCAUACAGCAUUUUUGGCCACAGUGGGCUCCCAUCCAGCCGUAGUUCUCCCUCUGUCAUGAAUCUCUCUGUCAUGGCUUGUUGGGGAGGGAAACCAGAGAACGGAAACGAAGGGAAGUGGCUCAUUUGUGAGAUUUUUUUUUAUCACUAGCUUGUCUUUAAAACAUUGUUUAGAAACAAGAAAUCAGAAAAACACAUCAGGGCAUCUGUUUGCAAAGAUAAGAUGAAUGCAGGGAUUCCUGUGGAUGAAAUGUGAAAAAAUUAAUACCAUAAAAAACUUUUUGAUGCUUGCUAUUUGUGGAAAUCCUGAGCAGUUGUUUGUUGCUUUCUUAUAGAUCCAGUUAGAAGCAUUUCGUCUAAAUUCAAAUUAAAAACAUAUUUAGUUGAAUCUCCAGCAGCAGUCAGUGUCACAACAAAUCUAGACUAAAGAUAGUUAUUGCAUGGCAGUCUUCUGACUGUAAUGACAUAUUAACAGCUAAAUAUCCAGGAACAGAGACAAUAUUCCACAGUAACACAUCCUGGAUGACAUCAUCAGUAGUUACCAAACACUGCUAAUCCACCUCAUUUGCUUUGGCCGCUCCCCUUUAACUCUCUGCCUGUCCGUAUGGUUACCAAGCUGAGCAGAGAGACGUUGGAGGAUGGUUUGAACUUCCUGUUCCUCUCUCUGCUCUGCAUCAUGAAGCCUCCACUUCAACGCAGCUUGGAAUUAGUGUAGCUUUUACGAUGCUAAUCAGUUGUUCCUUGUCAGAAAAAUAGUACGUUGUUGCCAGGCUAUGCAUUCUAGCUGUCCACAAGUUUAAAAAAAAGCAGGAGUAACUGAGCAAUAAUGCAACACCUCAACCAGAAGGAUUAACAAAAGUGUAGAAGAAGAAAUUAGAGCUAGCGUUGCUCCUGCUGACACCACCAGUGGCACUGUUCUAGAAUUAGUUUGAUUCCAGUUCAGCACUGGACAUCCCUACAUACAUGUAGGCUUUAGUACUUGGUUAUUGCUUCAGUGUCUGUUUAGUGACAUGCAUAUUUGUACAAAUCCAGGUUUUCAAUCUGUCCUGUAAACUUCUACGUUCUUGUCAGCAGAUGCUGCCAUCUUCCCUCUGUUUCCACUUUAAAAAGCCUCUAACAAAACGGAUGGAAUUUAAGCCGAGACCGUUGAUGGCUCUUUUUGUUGUUUUUUUUUUAACUACAUAUAGCAAUACCUUUGCUUGCCCAAGAGUCAACCAAAACAUUAUGACCUCUUUCUGCUGCUGAGCUGGACAUGCACCGAGCAGCCAGCCGGAAUCGGGUCUGCUCAAGACACUAGCAACAUUCUUCGGUGUGGAAGUUCUUACUGUGGGAAGCAAAGGGUUAAAAGCGACUUAAAUGUAAAUGUAUCGUCGGCUGUUUAUUCAGGCUGAUAAUAUUUUCAACAGAUAAUAGGAAAGCUAAACAUAUUACUGAAAAGUUGUUCUCUUAUAUUUUUUCCUAAGGUUUUAUUAUUUAAACAGCCAUCACUCACAGAAAACAUUUCAUUGGCCGUUUCUUUUCUUUUCUUUUCUUAUUGGAAUUGACUAAAAUGAAACAGAAAGUCCAACAGCGGAGCAUCAUUUGUGUGGAUGCCAGUUUGUAGCUUAAAGUUGUUUCUCAGCUUUAAUGCCUAAAAUCCAAUGUGUGAAACUCGAGGCCCGUGGGCCGAAUCUGGCCCACUCGUAGCUAUUUAUAUGGUCCAGAUAAUCUCAAGAUGGCCACAUCAAUCAAAUCAGAUUAUUUUUUAACUAUACAUUGUCAAAUUACAUCAAAGAUUAAAAUUGAUUCAAUUUUAAGUGAUAAUAUUCUAAUAGUUCAUUAAUGGGUAAUUUUAUCAAUAAAUUAUCAAAGAUGCAACUAUUAUUUGAGGUUUUGAUUAAUGUAUUGACUAUUCUGAUAAUUAAACUUUUAUACAAUUUAGAGAUUUAUAUCAAGAGCUUGUAAGAGCAUUUCUUCACUGAAUGCUGGAUCAUUUAUAGCAAAAGAUGAAUCUGCAACUAAAAGUACUUUGAAUAUCAGCAUGUAAAAAAAACUCUGGCUAUUCUGCUUGACUUGACAUCAACACACUGAAAAAGUGAAACAUUUGAUCCAAGUUAAAAAGAUGGACUCAAUCAAAUUUAGUUAAUCCAAGUACUUAUAAUAAGCUAAAUCAUGUUAUACACACAUGAAUAAAUGAAGUUUGACAAACUUAAUUCGACUACAUGUAACAAUUUUCCAUUCUCUUUUUUUCAGUGUAGUUAAUAAAUGGGUAGCAAAGGUGCUAUUUUUAACAAUCUGAACCAGGUGAAAUUAAAACGGCCACUUUAGGAUUUCUGGGUGAAAUAUAUUUACAGUUCUUUUCUUUUGUCUUAAAUGCAAAUUGUAUACAUUUUUUGUACAGUUUUGGCUUAAUCACUGCUCUGACUGUUCUUUCAGCAAACUCCUUUUGUUGGGUCGGUGUCCUAAUCGAUUACUAAAUCAGCCUACAAUUAUUUCAAUAACCAAUUCAUCCAAUGAAUCGCUACUCACGAUCUCCAUGCAAUCAGAAAUGAAAGAGAGUGACAGCGCUGCAUCGUUCUCUCCUUCUGAUUGGUGUUUCGGUUCUUUUUCUCUCCGUCUGAUUGGCUGGUGAUGUUUCGGUUCUUUAACCCACAGCGCUGGCUCAACAUUUUCCCGCUGCCUCGCUAUCAGCCAUCUGAAGCCCACUCCACGCGUUUGACCCGACUUUAAAGCCAUAAGUCUGACAGACUCCAGAGGUUCUCCCCGCCUCUCUAUGCCAUCUAACAUUGAAAGCAUGCAUGGCGCUUGUUUACACCGUACUCGGAUAAAAAAAAGAAAUAAAAGACAGAGAUGUGUUCUGUUUUGAACCACAGUGUCAAACUCUAACCCAGUGACGGGUUAGAAGGGUUGGUGCAGGACACGCGCUCACUCAGAUGGAAACGGUGCCUUACCGCAGCCAAGCCCAAGGUCAGCCUCACUAAGCUCUCUCUCACUCACAGAGAUCUUUCAUGUUAUUUGAAACAUCAGACGCCGUAUCUUAGAUGUCGACCAAACCAGAGAAUUGGAGGAAAACUCAGCAGCAGUGUAAUUCUGGAUGCAUCACUGUACAUACAGACAGCGUCAUGAGCCGACGCUCUCAGCAUGUAAAAUACCAGCUUCCCGUCGGCGGCCAUGUUCCUUCUCAACCUGCCUCUAAAUGUUUGCUCAGAAAGUGUAUAGAUAAAUAUAUAUAUAUAGAAGGAGAAAAAAACCCCUGUCUUUAACUCAUUGUAACCUCCAUUUAUUUUCCUGUAAUGCAAUAGAAUUCUCAGAAUAAUUUCUAUUUUUGUAAAUCAGUGUCUGCUUUUUAAUAUUUCUCUUUGUGCAUGUUUUUUUUGUAUCCUUGUUUUAUUUUAUGUAAUUUUUGGGGAAUUAAUGUUGGGGGUUUUUUCUUUCUUUUUUAGGAAUCAAAGCCUUAUUGGGAUAAAAUCAAAGUCUGUUUUGUAUGUUGACUUGUUUUUGAUAUCGUGUUGAUAUUGUACAUGCAGAUGUUGUGAUCAGACGUUUGCACUUAAGAGUCGGGGUUCCUGUCAUAUUGGAUUCUGUCACUUUUCUAGGAUUUCCUUUGAUGACUAAAGAAAUGUAUUUUUCCCCAUAAAGGGAGGACUUCAUUAUGCACUUGUAUUUUAUAAGAACAAAAGGAGCUAAAUCUAAAGUUUUACAGUUUGUAUGGGGAAAAAAAGGACUAAUUUGUAAUUAGGCACUUGCACAAAUAUUUAUAAAAAUGUCUACAACCCGUAGAACAGAUAUAUAGAAUAAGCAUUUUUUUGCUGUAAGUUUAAUAGUAAAAACUAUGAAAUAGCUAUAAAAUGAUCCCAAAGCUUUUUGUUUCUCCUCCAGUCAUCUUGGAGUUCAGUUUUUUCUUCAUAUCUGCUCUCUUAAUUCUUUUCCUUGAAAUGUAAAAAGUUGUUUUUAAAGAAUGACUGUUUUUGCUUUGUUUUGUCCAGUUUGAUGCUUAUUCAAAAUGUUUACAAGCUGCUUGUCUUGAGUGGCAUAUUGAUGUGUGAGAAGCCUAGAGGAAUUCUGUACAACAGACCAAUAAUAAAACAAAUGUCUAACUGAGA